UGACGCCUAAUGGUCAAGACCUGUAUAUAAAUAUCUCACCUCCAUCUCUCCAGUUUCCAAGCUUGUAGCUCCACCACUACCCUUUAACACCGCCCCUUCUCUUCUUCUCUGCCUUUACGUCGUUAUUGUAGAGUUUACUGAUUAAAUUGUGCUUCAUUGGGAUUCAGGUCAGGUCGAUCGAGAAGGAAGGUUAUUUCAGCGAAAUUAAAGGAGCUGGUUCCAUUACUUCCUAACUCCUUGGAAGUAAGGUUCGCUUUCAUUUGUGCUCUAAUCUAAAAAUAGUUCAUGAAUGGUGAAAUGUCUCGUUCGUAGUUGUGGUGAUGAUGAAUUUGUCUUAAUUAUAUGGGUAUGCUUUAUUAUUUGAACAGUGGUUGCUUUGAAAAUUUUAUCUAUUUGAUUUCUUCUAGAUUGGAUUAAUUCGGGUCAAAUUGAAUCUAAUAGGAUAUUAAUCGGAUAUUAACCGGGUCAUAUCUGAAUUGAUCAUGAACAGUUUUCGUCAUUGUUUAGUUGUUACUAGAAUAUGUGAAAACCAUGUAAUUUAAUCGUGUUUAGUCGUUGAUCAUUUAGUCGUGUUUCAAGACGAAUCUAUAUACUCUAUAAUCUCUCUCUCUCUCUCUCUCUCUCUCUCUAUAUAUAUAUAUAUAGGAUUUGCACAUUAAUAGAGAAAUGUUCAAUGUGAGAUCAACUACAUGAAUGAUUGUUGCUGAAAUAGGAUUUUCUGGAGUACUCUGUUGCUUUGCAUUGAGGGCUCCACAGUUAGUAAUGACUGGAAUGGAUCCUAUUAUCUAUGAAGCAGCGGCAAAAGGCAACCUGGAGGCCUUAGAACAACGUAUCUCCGAACAAUAUAUCUCCGAUCCACUAGAUGGGUUUUUAACCGUUAAUAAAAAUACAAUCAUACAUAUUUGCAUUUCAAGUAUCCUCGUUGAAGAAGACUCUCACGCUGUUGGAGGAACCCACCAGGUCUCUGCGGCAAAUUUUGUGAAAGUUUUAUUGGACAAGUGUCCGCCAGUGUUAUUGAAAGCCAAUGCGGAAGACGAUACUCCGUUACAUGUGGCGGCAAGGUAUGGACAUGCUUCCAUCGUCGAAGUCCUGAUUGAUCAUCAAAAAUCCCAACACCAAGAUCUCGAAAGUGGAGUUGUUGAAGCUACUACGGAGAUGAUUGGGAAGCUGAACAAAGAGAGAGACACGGCUUUACAUGAGGCUGUACGUCACAAUCAUAUUGAAGUGGUAAAACAGUUACUAAUGGAGGUAGAUCCAGAAUUUCCGUUUGGUGCUAAUGUUGCUGGUGAGACCCCACUUUACUUGGCUGCCGAGAGAUGUUUUCCUGAAGUGGUGUCAGAAAUUUUAGACAAAUUGAAGUCACCAGCUUAUGAAGGCCACUUGGGUAGAACGGCUUUGCAUGCUGCAGCACUUAGGAAUAAUGAAGGAAUGACCAAAAACAUUUUGGAAAGAUAUGGACACGAUCUAUGUAAACAAGCAGACCAAAAUGGUUGGACUCCGCUUCACAUGGCUGCAUACAUGGAAAACAUUGAGGCAACAAAACUAUUGCUGGAAUGUGAUAGAGAGGUAGCAUAUAUGAAAGACGCAGAGGGUAGGACAGCUCUUCACAUUGCAGCCCAUUGCAACGUGCGCGGGAUAACAAGAGCGAUUAUAUCAAUGUGUCCGGAUUGUUGCGAAGUGGUUGACAAUGAAGGCCGCAAUGCACUCCAUCUCGCCGUGAACAACAGAUGGCCAGAUGCAGCGCUAAUCAUCCAAGAUAAUUCGUCUCUUCGGAAUCUUUUGAAUCAGAAGGACAACGACGGGAAUACACCUCUCCAUCACUAUUGCAAUUCCAAUUUUGUUUAUGACCAGCAUCGUGUCCUGAAUUCUCCAAGAGUUGACAGAAUGGUCUUCAACAAAAAGAACCAGAAUGCUUAUCAAAUCUUAGAAAGUAAAAACUUACCGUUCUUUGAUUUUCAGAUGAAGUUUGUAUCUACUUUUGGAGGCUGGGAAAAUUAUAGUUUCCAUCACAGUGGACGAGUAGUAGAAGUCGGGUAUGAUGAAAUUGAGAAGAAGAAGCCGAAGUGGAAACGGGGGCUGGAUGGGCAGGAGAGGGAGAUUAGAAGGAAGAAGAAGAUGGAGGAGGAGGAUAAAGCGGCUCAAGCUCAUUUGGUAGUUGCUGCACUCAUUACAACUGUGACCUUUGCUGCAGGCAUUACCAUGCCCGGGGGCUUCGUUGGUGGAGAUGAUCAUCGACAUGAUCCAGGCUCUGCAGUUUUGAGAAAAAGUGCUGCUUUCCAAGUAUUCAUCAUUACAAAUGCCCUAUCAUUGAUGCUAUCUAGCUCUGCUGUUUUUAUCCACCUAUUUAUUCCGCUUAUCCCUUUUGAAGGCAUAUCCAGAAAGCGCACAAAUUUUAUUCAAAUAGCCUUUUGGUUCCUUCUUUCCUCCAUGGCACCAAUGGUUUUGGCAUUUGUCACAGGUACAUAUGCUGUAUUAGCGCAUUCAAAUAUUGCCAUUCCCACUUGUAUUAUUUGCUUAUCCUUUGUUCCCAUCCUUCUUUGUAUAUUUCGAAGAAUAAGGUGGAGGGCAAUGAUUUAGCCGCUAUGUAAAGAGGUUUUUGAUCUAAUCAAUAAAAAUAUUACGAGUACACGACUUUCUUUUCAAGAUAAA